ACAAGAAGCCAACGAAAUUCAGAGUACUUAUUACGUAGAUAUGAGCAGCAUUAUGUUUUUGGUGUGUCUAUUUAGUUUUGUUUGGGUUCGACAUUAUUAUUACUGACAUCGAUACUUGUUCAGAUAUUUUAGCGUAUGUAUGUACCUCUACGUUUCUCUGACUUUGUCUCACAGUGUUGCAGUUUUACUUGCAAGUCGGUCCAUGAUUGGGAUUCAUCCUCGAAUAUCUAAUCCCAGAGAACGUUGAGGUCUUAGAAAAGUAAAAAACAAUAUGGCACACAUUCACAAACAAAUUUAGCUUUCGGAUCAGUGUCAACUUAUCAAGAGUAAAAUCUGAAGAGUUAAUUAAGUUUAAAUUGAUAGUCCGAAUAAAAGUUGGACAUAUGUCGGAACAUCAAGAGUACAUAAAACCUGAGGACUAAUCAGUUAACUAAUUUCAAAAUAGUGGUGCAAAUUUCCUAAUAAAAGUUGGACAUUGGAUAAUUAAGGAGCGAAAUAAUAUUAUGUGCCAUGAGUGCACUGCGUCUUCUGCUCAUCUUCUCCCUCACGGGACCUUUCCUCCCUGGCGUUGAGGGGUCGGCGUGGUGGUAUUUCACCCAGUUUGACACCCUCGCUGUGAACGAGCAUCACAAAAACUUUUGCAAAGUCGUCCCCCACCUGAACAAGCGACAAAGGGAGAUCUGCAAUAAGAACUCGGACCUCGUGCGAGUCAUCGGGGACGGUGUGAAGGAUGGCGUUUCCGAGUGUCAGUAUCAAUUCCGGUAUCAAAAGUGGAACUGCUCCACGUUCAGGAAUGAUCCCACCUUGUUUGGAAAAUCAUUAGUGAGAGGUGGGUCGAGGGAAAGUGCCCUUCUUCAAGCGAUGCAUUCCUCCAGUGCGAUUUACAAGUUGGCAAAAGCCUGUUCCAAAGGACAUCCAGGGUGCGGCUGUUCUACGGAAAUUUCGAACGGCCAAAUAAGAAACGCUUCUCGAUACGAUGCCCGUUUUAAAUGGGAUGGUUGUGACCAGGUUGUAAAAUUCAGCACAAAUUUUGUGCGAAGAUUUAUAGACGCGGCGGAAUUACGCGUGUCCGAUGCCAAAGCAAAGUUCAAUCUGCAUAAUAAUCGUGUGGGCAGAAUUAUUGUUCGCAAAAAGUUGAAAAAAGUUUGCAAAUGUCACGGGUUGAGUGGUUCCUGUUCGAUGAGGACGUGUUGGAGCACGCUUCCCAGUUUUCGCGAGAUUGGGGACGCCCUCCGGGGCAAGUACGAUGCCGGAGUGGAAGUCAUAUUCACGCCGUCGGGCAGUAAUGUAAUUCCGGUGAGGGCAGGGCAUCGGAAACUUACGAAGGUCAACCUCAUCUUCUAUGACAUGUCGCCGGAUUAUUGUCGGCCCAAUUUCGGCCAAGGGUCUGUCGGGACGAAGGGUCGCCCAUGUCUGGAUGCGAGUGAUGGGGAAGAGUCGUGUGAUAUUUUAUGUUGUCGCCAGAAAUACGAAAUUGUGAAAGUCCGCUACUCGCAAAGAUGCAAUUGCACUUUCACCUGGUGCUGUCAAGUCAGUUGUCAAACCUGUAAUGGGACACGAUUCCAGUACAGUUGUAAAUACUAAAUCAAGCAUUAAAAGAAGAUAUAAAAUUGUACAAGGUUUAUUGUACACUGUUAAAUUUAGAAUUUUUUAACUUUAUUUUUCUUUUCUUUUAGAGAAUGUAUUUAUAAAAUGUCAAAAUAUGUCAAAUAUGUUUUUUUUAGUUCUUAAAGCUUUGUUUUGUUAUUUAUAUGUCCACAAUUGGAAAAAUGAAUACAUAAUAAAGAUGUUCUAAUAGUAUUCAUAACAAGUUCAUUUCCCAAACAUUAAAGUUGUGUCCAACUACAUGGACUUUGACGAGUGUGACCGGGUUACAUCUUUCCAAAAACCACUCAUUCACAUGUAUGGACAAACAGUUUAUGACUAAAACAAUUUGUAUUUGCAUGUGAUCACUGUGACCCAAGGUUUUUACACUUGGGAUUACUGUGACGCUAAUAUUAGUAUUAGUAUCAAGUUAAAACCUUGACUGUGACCAUACAGGUUCAAUAAAAACGAGAAUGCUUUAAGGCAUUCUACUUAUUUUGCCGAACUUCAAAGCCGCCGGAAUGCUUUGCUGCUGGGAGACUCCUUGGGUGACGUACACAUGGACCAUGGGAUGCCGUCCAGCCACAAGGAAGAGGGGGUGGUGCUCAAAAUCGGGUUUCUUAAUGAC